AUGGAUAUCUGGGUAAAAAGCGUUCUAGGUGGAAAGAACAGCAAGUGCAGCAGCUUAGAGGCUGGAGAGUUCCUGGCGUGUUGGAGGAACAACAAAGAAAUCAGUGUGGCUAGAGUAGAGUCAGUGAACAAUUUUCUGAUGACUGGUCCAAAGGCUUACCUGAUCUAUUCCAGCAGCGUGGCAGCUGGUGCCCAGAGUGGUAUUGAAGAAUGCAAGUAUCAGUUUGCCUGGGACCGAUGGAACUGCCCUGAGAGAGCCCUGCAGCUGUCCAGCCAUGGCGGCCUUCGCAGUGCUAAUCGGGAGACAGCGUUUGUACAUGCCAUCAGCUCUGCUGGGGUCAUGUACACUCUGACUAGAAACUGCAGCCUCGGGGAUUUUGACAACUGUGGCUGUGAUGACUCCCGCAAUGGCCAGCUGGGGGGCCAAGGCUGGCUGUGGGGAGGCUGCAGUGACAACGUGGGCUUUGGAGAGGCCAUAUCGAAGCAGUUCGUCGAUGCCCUAGAGACAGGACAGGAUGCCCGGGCCGCCAUGAACCUGCACAACAACGAGGCGGGCCGCAAGGCGGUGAAGGGCACCAUGAAACGCACGUGUAAGUGCCACGGCGUGUCUGGCAGCUGCACCACGCAGACCUGCUGGCUGCAGCUGCCCGAAUUCCGCGAGGUGGGCGCACACCUGAAGGAGAAGUACCACGCGGCGCUCAAGGUGGACCUGCUGCAGGGCGCUGGCAACAGUGCGGCCGGCCGCGGCGCCAUUGCCGACACUUUCCGCUCCAUCUCCACGCGGGAGCUGGUGCACCUGGAGGACUCGCCGGACUACUGCCUGGAGAACAAGACGCUAGGACUGCUGGGCACCGAAGGCCGAGAGUGCCUGCGGCGGGGGCGGGCCCUGGGCCGCUGGGAGCGCCGCAGCUGCCGCCGGCUCUGCGGAGACUGCGGACUGGCGGUGGAGGAGCGCCGUGCCGAGACCGUGUCCAGCUGCAACUGCAAGUUCCACUGGUGCUGCGCCGUGCGCUGCGAGCAGUGCCGCCGGCGGGUUACCAAGUACUUCUGCAGCCGCGCCGAGCGGCCGCGGGGGGGCGCGGCGCACAAACCCGGGAGAAAGCCCUGA